CAUUCCUUUUAUUUUUAUUUAAUAUUAUGGUAUCCAGUUGUUUGCAGUGGGAGUGUUGAACUUCAGGCCCCUGUUACUAACUGUAGACCUCCAGAGGUGUUGGACUUUCUGUGUCCUGAAUAUUUUGGGGGCCAUGGAAGUUGCCAAGAACAACACACUGAUCUGGCUGAAUCAUUGCCAGUGAAAACAACCUGGAUGGUCACUUUUUAUGGUAUUGUGAUCUGUAUUCUAUAAAAGAGGUACUUUUCCAUGAUGCAAGUGUGAAGUGGUGCCAAUGAGCAUAAAGCAGCAUUAUCAGUGGGCUUUUAAAAAUACUUUGAAAUCAGAUCUGUAAAUCUGAUGAAGUCUCCAAGUUCAAUCAAGUAGAGAAACUGAUGAAAGAAGGAAUUGGAUUUUUCCAAAGCCAGAAUUCAGGCAGUGAAGGUGGCUUUAAAAAGCAGGAAAUGCUCUCCAUGCAACAUAUCUGCAGGAAAGACACAUUUACAGUCAUAUCAUUGAAGCCAAAUUCUAAUACUCAAGAGAAUGGAAUUAUAUGUAGUGAAAUGCCAGAGGACUUUACUCAACCUGUGUUAAACCGCAAGGGAAAGAAAACCUACUUCAGCAAUCUAUUUGGAAAACCUUUUAAUGACCAGUCAUCUUUUAAUCAACAGAAGCAUUUUUACACUAGAAGUAAAUUAUAUGAAUGUCCUCUAAUUGGUAAAUCCUUUGUUGAAAGCUCUGUCCUUACACAUUACAAUGGAACUUACAUUGAAGAGAAACCUAAUGAAUAUCAUCUGUGUGAGAAAGCCUCCACUCAUAAUUCUGGCAUCAGAGUACAUGAGAGACCUCAUACUGGAGAGAAACCUUAUGAAUGUCACCUACAUGAGAAAGACUUAACUCAUUUCUCUACCUUGAGACAUGAGAGAACUCACAUUGGAAAGAAACCAUAUCAAUGUCAUCUCUGUGGGAAAGCUUUCACUCGAUGUUCCAUCCUUAGAGAUCAUGAAAGAACUCACACUAGAGAGAAGCCUUAUGAAUGCCAUCUAUGUGGGAAAGCCUUUAGUCAUUUGUCUAACAUGAAACAGCAUAAGAGAACUCACACUGGAAAGAAAUCAUAUAAAUGCCAUCUAGGUGGGAAAGCCUUCACUCAAUAUGAUGCUAUUAGAGAACAUGAGAGAAUUCACACUGGAGAGAAACCUUAUGAAUGUCAUCUAUGUGGGAAAGCCUUCAAUCAUUUCUCUAGCUUGAGACAACAUGAGAGAACUCACACUGGAAAGAAACCAUAUAAAUGCCAUCUUUGUGGGAAAGCCUUCCCUCAGUGUUCUUCCCUUAGAGUCCAUGAGAGAACUCACACUGGAGAGAAACAUGAUUGUCAUCUGUGUGGGAAAGCCUUUAUUUAUCUCUCUUCCCUGAAACGACAUGAGAGAACUCAUACUGGAGAGAAAUCUUAUGAAUGCUGUCUAUGUGGGAAAGUCUUCACCCGUUGUUCCAUUCUUAGAGAACAUGAGAAGACUCACACUGGUGAGAAACCAUAUGGAUGUCUUCAAUGUGGGAAAGCCUUCACUCAAUAUGGUCACCUGAGACAACAUGAGAGAACUCACACUGGCGAGAAACCUUAUGAAUGUCAUCUAUGUGGGAAAGCCCUCAGUCAUUUCUCUAGCUUGAGACGACAUGAGAGAACACACACUGGAGAGAAACCAUAUAAAUGCCAUCUUUGUGGGAAAGCCUUCUCUCAGAUUUCUUCCCUUAGAGCUCAUGAGAGAACUCACACUGGAGAGAAAUAUGAUUGUCAUUGGUGUGGGAAAGCCUUUACUUAUCUCUCUUCCCUGAAACGACAUGAGAGAACUCAUACUGGAGAGAAACCAUAUGAAUGCCAUCUAUGUGGGAAAGUCUUCACCCGUUGUUCUAUUCUUAGACAACAUGAGAAGACUCACACUGGUGAGAAACCAUAUGAAUGUCUUCAAUGUGGGAAAGCCUUCACUCAAUAUGGUAACCUGAGUCAACAUGAGAGAACUCACACUGGAGAGAAACCGUAUGAAUGUCAUCUAUGUGGGAAAGUCUUCACCCGUUGUUUUUAUCUUAGUGAACAUGAGAGGACUCACACUGGUGAGAAACCAUAUGGAUGUCUUCAAUGUGGGAAAGCCUUCACUCAAUAUGGUCACCUGAGACAACAUGAAAGAACUCACACUGGCGAGAAACCGUAUAAAUGCCAUCUAUGUGGGAAAGUUUUCACCCGUUGUUUUUAUCUUAGAGAACAUGAGAGAGCUCACACUGGAAAGAAACCAUAUAAAUGCCAUCUUUGUGGGAAAGCCUUCCCUCAGUGUUCUUCCCUUAGAGCUCAUGAGAGAACUCACUGGAAAGAAACAUGAUCAUCAUGUUUCACAUAGAAUGUCAUCUAUGUGAGAAGGUCUUCACCUGUUAUUCUAGCCUUCGAGUACAUGAUAGCACUCACACCUGAGAGAAACACUAUGAAUGUCUUCUGUGUGGGAAAGCUGUCACAAUAUGUUCAUCUGAGACAACAUGAGACAACUGACACUGGAGAGAAACCUUAUGAAUCUCAUGAAUGUCAGAAAGCCUCCACCCACUCUUCUGGUUUUAGAAAACAUGACAAAAUAUCCAGGGGAAAGAUACCGUAAGAAUAUUAUCUACAUGGGAAAAUUAGUUUAUUUUUGUAAACUUAAAGAUAACAUGAGAGAACUCAAAUUGAGUGAAACUUUAUGAGUGUUAUAUGUAAAAGUCUGCAGCCAGUAUUCACUUAGUAGAUUAUGUGAGAGAACUGAUAACAUAAAUGAUUUGAAUAUUGAAGGGAUUUCAGCCCUUGAAUUAUCCUUUAAACAUACCAGGCAACCCACACACUGAGGAAACACCAUUUAUAAUCAAACUGGUAGAGCUUUAAAAUCAUUCUUUCUACAUCAAUAUAAGCCAGUUCAUACUGGAGAGAAUCAAUAUCAUGUCACCUUUGUGGCAAAAAAUUUAGUAAGAAGGUCUGAUAAUAUACAAUGUGAGAGAACUCGUGUUAUACAUUUAAUGAAAGUUAGAGAGUCUUCAUCCUCUUCUCCUAUUGAUAGACCUUUACCAGAUAAAGGAGCUUCUUGAGAAAUUUCCAGGUACUUCAUGCUGGAUAAGUUUUUCAUGAAAAAUCACAAAAUUCUUUAUCUGUACACCCACAUUUGUAGGGCAAUUGAGAAGCCACACUUUAUAAAUCUCUUAUCAGUGUCAUGAAUGCAGGCAUGAAAUCAGUGAUCACUCAUUCCUUUAGCAUUAAUUUUCAUAUGCAGAGGAAAGAAAAAAAUUGAAAUCCAUUUAGAAAUAUCUGCAACUUGAUUUCAUAUCAGAAAAUUCAUAGUGGAAACUGAAAUACUUUAUGUUGCCCAUUAGCACAAAAUUCAGCAGAGACUCAAGGUUUUGAACAAGACUUCCUGUUGAUAUUAUGUAGGGUAACAGUACAAAGUGUGAAGUGAAAUGGGUAUAAGUUUUGAAUUUGUAAAAAGUAUUGUGAAGUGAGGUUAAUUCACUGAUCAGUUCUUCUGUAUACAUAAGCAAGAAAUAUUGUUGCUGAAAAUCUGUUUGCCAUAUUUGAAUUUUCUUUUUAUGCAGUGCCAGUCACAAAGAUGUGAAUCAAUCAGAAAGUAACUUGGAAUGAUAACUCAAAAAUCUAGAACAGAAUGUUAUUAUUCUUUACUAUUGUCUUAGUAUUAUAAUAUGUAUGUUCAUGGCAAAGAUGAAUGCAAACAUUGAUAAAUUAAAACACUUUACAACUAGAGUGUGCUGGUUUGAGUCUCUUAUGCACCCCAUAAAAAGCCAUAUUUGUAAUGCAUUCUUGGGACAAACUUGUGGGUGGGAAAUUUUAUUAGGAUUUUUCCAUUGAGUUGUGACCCUGCCCAUUCAAGGUGGGUCUUGAUUAGUUUACUGGGUUCCUUAAGAGACCCACGAGGCAGACACAGAUAUCAGACACUUCGAGAUGCAGACUGAAAGACUUUUGGAGAUGCUAAGCUAAGAGAUGAAUCCUAGAGUUUGCCCUGAAGAAGCUAAGAAGACCCCCAGACAUUUAGAAAUGCCCUGAGAGAAUAAGCAUGGAUGCACAGGAG